CGAGCUUGCGUUGGGCAGUAGUGUGCUCAGCUUCACCGCCUUUGCCAAGCCAAGAGUGUUCCAAGCUCAGUCACAGCCUCGCCUCCCCCACUACAAAAUAUAGAACUGUGUUGUUGCGAUUCAGCCUCGUCACAUACGAACAGCAUGGAGGACCAAAACAUUAAAUCGCUCUUUGCGCAAGCAGAGAGGAAGAGGCAAGAGAUUGAGCAAACUUACGACAGAAACAGUAGGGCAUACCAUGAUAGCCUUGCCACGGCAGUUGGAAGCUACGAAGAGUGCCGCGUACUUACAGACAGGCAGUCCCUGUUCAGCCUCAACGAGAUACUCGAGGACAUAACUACUGGCGACCUCCCAUACCUCCUUAUAGACUACCAUCUCGGCGACCUCUACACGCGUACCUCGAACCCCGACAGAAAGACCGCCCUCACACGAGCACGAGACGCAUACGAGCGUUUCCUCAACCGUCUCGAUAGCUAUGCUGUCCUCUCUGGAAGCUCUAAAAAGCUGAACGAUGAAUAUAACGAGAACCCAACUACCUUUUCCACGAUAUCAACGACAGACUUCACCGCACGGCGGGCCGCGAAGAUCGAAAACUUCAAACUAGAGAAAGACCUGAAGCAGAAGAUUGACUUCCUCUCCCGAAACCCUGCCUACCUCUCCCAAGACGACGAUGCAAUCCGCGACCUCCACCUGGCCAACAUCAGCCUGUCUACCCAUAACACAUUCCAGAACCUUGAAUGCCUCAGCCUCGAGAUGUCCGUAUUAGCCUCCAAGCCACCCACGCCACCGCCCGGCCCCGAAUCCAUCGCACGCGACUACCGCGAGCGCACAGGCGCACGCAGUGGUCCUGACUACUCCGACCGUCUUGACCGGCCCAUCUCGGAGUUACUAGCUGCGAAUAACAGAGCAGGGCCGCUACUGGAUAAUAGCGGAAAGCCGCUGAAGGUAUUUACGUUGACUGGUGGCCGGAAGCAGCUUCAGGAUGGGGUCUUCAGGUCGGGGCAUAACCUACCGACGAUGAGUAUCGAUGAGUACUUGGAGGAGGAGAGGAAACGUGGAGGAAUCAUCGAGGGUGGUGGAGAAGCAAGUGGAAUUAUCGCGGAGCCUGAUGAGGAUGAUUACGAAAAGGGCGAGGCGGAGACUCUGAAAGCGAGAGCGUGGGAUGAAUAUGUGGAGGAGAAUCCGAAGGGGGCUGGGAAUACGCUCAAUAGAGGGUAG